UAAAAGAGGAAUGAUUUAUAGCUCACGAUAUAGCACCGUGCUGCUGCUAAUUAAUGGCGCUCCGGAGCUAGAUCCUUAAAUGGGCCCGGCACUGGCGGCCGCACGUGGUUCGUUGCUGCAGCCCGUGGUGCUGGUGUUCGAUAAAUUCACGCCUUGCGAGUGGCCGGACAGGCGGUCGUCGCACAAAUGCAAAUGCUUUCCGCUCCGGUGUGCACCUUGGUUUUUGGUGCACUGGCGUGCCCUUGCAGGCUUGGCUGCUUGGAAGCAACGCGGUACCGAUGCGAAUGCGAAUAGGCUGUAGAAAAAGGGAAGCAAGCGGAGCAGCAGCUCCCUAUAAUGUCCUGGUGGGGUUACAAAGAAGGAUCCCGCAUGUGAACUACGCGAUGAAACCACCUGCACCUGUCCGCGCGGGAAAGUGGAUGGUUUCAAAAUUCAUGACGGCUUAAUUACCCCUCGCCUGGGUAGCUACGGUGUUCAGCUUCAGUUGAAAGUCAACCGCAAACGCCUCAUUCGACACAUUCACGCACCGUUCGGGUUAUAGCGCACGCCACAAUGUCGGAGCAUCCGAUACACACCUUCGAUCGGCUGAUCAAACGGCAGCGCCUGCUGCUGAAGCUGAUCGGCAUCGAUAGCUACGAUCCGGCGUUCCGCAUCCACUCGCUCACCUUCAUGUUGGUGUGCCUGGCGCUCACCUUCUUCGUCAUCUCGCUGUACGACCUGUACCUGUUCCGGGACGACCUGUUCAACUUUGUCUACGUGCUGAUCACGAUCUUCUUCGCGACGAUCGGCAUCGGCCACAUAUCGGUGUUCCUGCUGUGCAGCAAGCUGUUGGCGGAGCUGCUGGAGCAAUCCUACCGCACCUACCGGCUGGUGGUGGACGAUCAGCGCGAGCAGCGCAUCCUGCAGUGGUACACCAGGCUGUUCCAGCGGGCUGUGGACGGCUACACGCUCGUCUUUAUCGGCACGUCCGUGGCGGCCGGCUUGCUACCGCUCGCCAUCUACCUGCUGUCCGGCGACCGGGUCCUGCCGUACGGUGUUGUGCUGCCGUUCGUCGACCCCGACUCGCUGGUGGGCUACGAGCUGAACUACAUCUAUCAGGUGAGCUGCAUCAUCUGGACGCCGCCUGGGCUGGUCGCGUCGGUAUGCAUGUUGUUUGGGCUCGUGCUGAACAUCUGCAUACAGUACGACAUACUGGCGGUGAAGCUGCAGGACCUGGACGAGCUGAUACGGUCGCCGCACCCGCACAGGGACGCGAUGAUUGGGUGCAAGCUGCGCAGCAUCCUUCGCAAUCAGCAACGACUGAUCAGUGCACCAACCCUUGGGAGCUCUCUGGCUCGCUUCAUCCAUGUAUUUCCCACCCGACAGUCACUCUGGAUCCCCGGGCUGGUGUUGAUACCGGUCUUCACAAUGCAGCUCUUUCUGUUCUGCCUGCUCGGUACCAUCAUCGAGGAUAAGGGCGUCAAGUUUUCGGCCGGCGUGUAUAGCCUCACCUGGAACGAGCUGUCCAAGCAGGACAAGCAGAUCUUUCGCCUGCUGCUGCUGAGCUCACAGCAGCCCCAGACGCUCACCUGCGCUGGUAUGACCUGCAUCAGCCUGAACCUGUUCGUCAAUGUACGUAUACCCAAGCUGGGCGUGCUUUCGGUCUGUUUAAUGUGCCCUUCCAAUUACAGAUGUCGCAAAAGUUCUACUCAAUCUUCAUGAUGUUACGCAACAUGUAAAGCCUGACCCGAGGAUGUGCUUUAAUAUGUCUCUAUUUCUGUCAUAUAUACACACACACACACACACAUACACACUAACGUUAAGACCUUGAAGCACGGCAAUUUAAUUACAGUGAUCCUCCUUUCCACCUACGCACACACCACGUCUAGGACUACGAUUGAAGUUUGCAUAUUGCAGUAGCUG